GAACGCAUGGUCUUAUCUGCAUCAUUAGUUUGUUGUUAUCUUAAUGAAUCACAUAAUUCUAUGUGAUAUAUAGUCACAACAUUGUAAGAACUACACAAAUGAGCAAAUGGGCAGCUCGUCGGCGGCGCCAUGGAAGCAGCUUCUACUCAGCUCAAUCCAAGCCAAUUCCCACCUCAAGCAUUAUUCCUAUUUCCAGCUUGCAACAGUAGCAUCUAACGGCAGACCCUCCAAUCGCACAGUUGUUUUCAGAGGGUUUCAAGAUGACGGUGAUAAGAUUCUAAUCAACACCGACAAUCGCUCUCGGAAGAUUGAUGAGCUCAAGCACUGCCCUUUUGCCGAGAUAUGUUGGUAUUUCACUGAAUCUUGGGAGCAAUUCCGAAUCAACGGAUCAGUAGAUGUCAUAGAUGGAACUAAUCCUGAUCCGGUGAAACUUGAGCAACGAGAGAAAUCCUGGUUUGCAUGCUCUCCUAAAUCAAGGCUGCAGUAUAUGGCGCCCACGCCAAGACUCCCUUCCCUGAGCGAACUGCCAUCUGAAAUCCCCUCUAUGGAUCCUUCCAUUGGACCAGUAGCUGCAUUUUGCCUGCUCAUACUCGAUCCUGCCCAGAUUGACUAUUUGAAUUUGAAGAGCAAUGAGAGGCUCAUAUUCACAUCAGGAUUGAGUAGUGAUGGAAAGAAGCUCUGGACUUCAGAAAAAGUCAAUCCUUAACAUUAUGUCCCAGUUUCGCAGGAAAAUUUACAGUUGGUGGGAGAGUUUGAUCAAUUAUUUUGACAUUGAUUCAUUUAUUAUUAUCAUUAUUAUUAUAAAUGGCUACUCUGUCUCAGUGGAGUGUGUGAUUUAUCUAACCUGUCUGAUAAUAGCAGCACUUUGAUCAAUAUUUUGAGAUUCCUGAGGAAAUACUGGAAAAGGCGUGUUGAUUAAAUUCAUU